AUGGCAGAAAGUAAUUUCCCCCCUUUGCCAAAGUUUAUUCCUCUGAAGCCAUGCUUCUACCAGGACUUUGAGGAAAUUCCUGAUCAGCACCGCACCCUGUGCAAGCGCCUUUACUACCUCUGGAUAUUAUACAGUGCUACUCUGGCAGCCAAUUUCAUUGGCUGCCUUGCAUGGAUGUUUGCUGGAGGGGGAGUGACUAACUUUGGCAUGUCCAUCAUCUGGCUGAUCCUCUUUACACCUUGCUCAUACAUGUGCUGGUUCAGACCAAUCUACAAAGCCUUCAAGAUGGAUAGCUCCUUCAACUUCAUGGCUUUCUUCUUCGUCUUCAUGGCCCAGUUUGUUAUCACCAUUGUCCAAGCCAUUGGAAUACCAGGAUGGGGAGUCUGUGGCUGGCUAGGGACUGUUUCCUCCUUUGGCACCAGCCUUUUUGCCUCCAUCAUUAUGUUGAUUCCCACCAUCAUGUUUACAGUAGUGGCAUCGUGCUCCUUCAUUGCCCUCACUAAGGUUCACCACCUUUACCGUGGCAGUGGGGGAAGCAUGAGCAAGGCUCAGGAGGAGUGGACUACGGGUGCCUGGAAGAACCCGCACAUGCAGCAGGCAGCACAGCAAGCUGCCUUCAGGGUUUCCCAGGGUGGCAUGCAGGGGCAGCAGCACACCAUGCUCCCCUACAGCACCCAGAUGUGAAGCGGGGCCCAAACACAAUGCAAGCUGAGCUGGAGAGAUGGGCUGAGCCAAGGACAAUGUGCUGGCCUUUGCUCCUUUGGAUCAAGGAUGUAUUGCUCGGAGAAUGUAGUGUUCUGUUUUUAGUUUAAAAGCUGGAACUAAAGAGCGCCACUGUAAAAUUAAUUGUUCAUUCUAUUUUAGACAGCUUUCAAUGAAUUUUGUGAGGUUCUAUUAUACAUAAUCAACAUGGAAAAGUUUUAAGAAUGUUUAACUGCAGCUGGGGACAAAGUACUAAAUAGUAAAUACUAAUACUGUUUUCAUGGUUUGCAUACUGUGUAAAUCUAAUAUGGAAGUCUACAUAUGAUGCAAAGACUUUUAGGUGCUUAGAUUAUUAUGGGGAUUGGUUGCAUAUUUGUUAUUAUUAGUUAGAAGUAUACUUACUCUUCUAAAGUAUU